AUGUCGCUCUAUGCCAAGUUCUUGAAGGAGUUGAUGACCAAGAAGAGAAACUGGAAGAACAACGAGAUUGUGAUACUCACCGAAGAAUGCAGUGCCAUCAUCCAGCACAUAUUACCCCAGAAAUUGAAGGAUCCUAGGAGCUUCCAAAUCCCUUGUAUCAUAGGGGAAAUCACAGUGGAGAAGGCUUUAUGUGAUCUAGGAGCUAGCAUAAAUCUGAUGUCCUUAGCAAUGAUGAGGAAAAUGAGGAUUGAGGAGGCCAAACCAACAAGAAUGGCCCUGCAACUAGCAGACCGAUCAUUCAAGUUUCCUCACAGAAUAGUAGAAGACUUGUUGGUGAAGGUGGGAGACUUUAUCUUUCCAGCAGAUUUCGUAGUGUUGGAUAUGGAGAAAAGAGCCAAAAACCUCUAUCAUCUUGGGAAGGCCAUUCUUAGGCACUGCCGGAGCCAUCAUUGA